AGAAUUCUGAGAGUGAUGGUCAGCCAUAUAGAAGAAUACAUUGAAUCUAUAGUUUUCUGAAGAAUCAGUUCAAAAGAUCCAAAAAAUACAAAAGGAGAAGUACAAAUGUCUACCACAAGACGGAAACGUUAUAUGUUAUGUUGUUUACCGUAAGCUGUAGUAAAAUGAGCUCGAUUGUUGACAGAGAAGAUGGUAGUAUUUUUGAUGGGUUGGUGGAAGAAGAUGACAAGGACAAAGCAAAAAGAGUAUCUAGAAACAAAUCUGAAAAGAAACGUAGAGAUCAAUUUAAUGUUCUCAUUAAAGAACUGGGAUCCAUGCUUCCUGGUAAUGCUAGGAAGAUGGACAAAUCUACUGUUCUGCAGAAGAGCAUUGAUUUUUUACGAAAACAUAAAGAAAUCACUGCACAGUCAGAUGCCAGUGAAAUUCGACAGGACUGGAAACCUACAUUCCUUAGUAAUGAAGAAUUUACACAAUUAAUGUUAGAGGCUCUUGAUGGUUUUUUUUUAGCAAUCAUGACAGAUGGAAGCAUAAUAUAUGUGUCUGAGAGUAUAACUUCAUUACUUGAACAUUUACCAUCUGAUCUUGUGGAUCAAAGUAUAUUUAAUUUUAUCCCAGAGGGGGAACAUUCAGAGGUUUAUAAAAUACUCUCUACUCAUCUGCUGGAAAGUGAUUCAUUAACCCCUGAAUAUUUAAAAUCAAAAAAUCAGUUAGAAUUCUGUUGUCAUAUGCUUCGAGGAACAAUAGACCCGAAGGAGCCGUCUACCUAUGAAUAUGUAAAAUUCAUAGGAAAUUUCAAAUCUUUAAACAGCGUAUCCACUUCAGCACACAAUGGUUUUGAAGGAACUAUACAACGCACACACAGACCUUCUUAUGAUGAUAGAGUUUGUUUUGUAGCUACUGUGAGAUUAGCUACACCUCAAUUCAUCAAGGAAAUGUGCACCGUUGAAGAACCUAAUGAAGAGUUUACAUCUAGACAUAGUUUAGAAUGGAAGUUCCUAUUUCUAGAUCACAGGGCACCACCUAUAAUAGGAUAUUUGCCAUUUGAAGUUCUGGGAACAUCAGGCUAUGAUUACUAUCAUGUGGAUGACCUAGAAAAUUUGGCAAAGUGUCAUGAGCACUUAAUGCAAUAUGGGAAAGGCAAAUCAUGUUAUUAUAGGUUCCUCACCAAGGGACAACAGUGGAUUUGGCUUCAAACUCAUUAUUACAUCACUUAUCAUCAGUGGAAUUCAAGGCCAGAGUUUAUUGUUUGUACUCACACCGUAGUAAGUUAUGCAGAAGUUAGGGCUGAAAGACGACGAGAACUUGGCAUUGAAGAGUCUCUUCCUGAGACAGCUGCUGACAAAAGCCAAGAUUCUGGGUCUGAUAAUCGUAUAAACACAGUCAGUCUCAAGGAAGCCUUGGAAAGGUUUGAUCACAGCCCAACCCCUUCUGCUUCCUCCCGGAGUUCAAGAAAAUCAUCUCACACGGCAGUCUCAGACCCUUCCUCAACACCAACAAAGAUCCCAACGGACACUAGCACUCCUCCCAGACCACAUUUACCAGCUCAUGAAAAGAUGGCGCCAAGGAGGGCAUCAUUUAGUAGUCAGUCCAUAAAUUCCCAGUCUGUUGGUCAAUUGUUAACACAACCAGCGAUGUCUCAAGCUGCAAAUUUACCAAUUCCACAAGGCAUGUCCCAGUUUCAGUUUUCAGCUCAAUUAGGAGCCAUGCAACAUCUAAAAGACCAAUUAGAGCAACGGACUCGGAUGAUAGAGGCAAAUAUUCAUCGACAACAAGAAGAACUAAGAAAAAUUCAAGAACAACUUCAAAUGGUCCAUGGUCAAGGGCUGCAGAUGUUUUUACAACAGUCAACCCCUGGUUUGAGUUUUGGUUCUGUUCAACUUUCUUCUGGAAAUUCAUCUAACAUCCAGCAACUCACACCUAUAAAUAUGCAGGGCCAGGUCGUUCAAACUAACCAAAUUCAAAGUGGAAUGAAUACUGGACACAUUGGCACAACUCAACAUAUGAUACCACAGCAGACUUUACAGAGUACAUCAAGUCAGAGUCAACAAAAUGUACUGAGUGGGCACAGUCAACAAACAUCUCUUCCCAGUCAGACACAGAGCACUCUCACAGCCCCACUGUAUAACACUAUGGUGAUCUCGCAGCCGGCAGCUGGAAGCAUGGUCCAGAUUCCGUCUAGCAUGCCACAGAACAGUACCCAGAGUGCUGCAGUAACUACGUUCACUCAGGACAGACAGAUCAGAUUUUCUCAAGGUCAGCAACUUGUGACCAAAUUAGUAACUGCUCCUGUAGCUUGUGGGGCGGUCAUGGUACCUAGCACAAUGCUCAUGGGUCCGGUGGUGACCGCCUACCCUACCUUUGCCCCGCAACAGCAGCCGUCCCAGGCACCAUCAGUCACGCGGCCGCCGCAGAGCUCCCGGGAACAGCAGCUCACUUCAGUUCAGCAGCCGCCUCAGGCUUCGCUGACCCAGCCACCGCAGCAGUUUCUGCAGACUUCAAGGUUGCUCCACGGGAAUCCUUCAACUCCGCUUAUCCUCUCUGCUGCAUUCCCACUACAACAGAGCACUUUCUCUCAGUCACAUCACCAGCACCACCCGUCUCCGCAACAGCAGCAGCUGAGUCGGCCCAGGACUGACAGUUUGACUGAUCCUUCCAAGGUUCAACCACAGUAGCACACACGACUCCUCUCUGACCUCAGGGGAGGUAGGGGUUGUCCAUAGCAGUUGCUCAGAUGAUCUGAGGCUAGAAGGAAACGUUCCAGCAGUUUCACAAGAUGCAGUGCUAAGUGUUGUAGUUUCUGGAAUUAGUUAGCAGGGAAAAUGCUGCCUCGUGCUACAGAUGUACGUGAAAUACCAGCCAUCAGGAGAUGAUCACGGGGCCAUAGCCAAUUCUGACAGUGUUUUACUUGCCCAGCUAUUUUUUUGAUGGAAAGAGUAUAUUGCCAAAUGUUAAGAAGCUCAGCUAUGAAACAUGACCUCCAGUCAAUCAGAAAGGCACUAACAAUGUUAGUAACUUUUAGUGGUUCUGUGCCUGUUUUCAAGUGUUACAGAGGACACACCACUGUCAUGUCAGGGGUUGCUUACAAUGAUGCCAUGAAGACAGGGUCCGGUAGACCCAGUAGGCCCCCUUCCCCAUUCCCUCUCCCUUUUCAGAUAAUGAUUGGAUAGUAAUUAAUUUCAGAAUGUUGUGUCGUUCAAAUUCUCUAUGUACAGAUGCUGUAAAAAAUUAUGUAUAUGUCUGGAUAAAAGGAGAGAAAGCAAAACAUUUUGUAAGCUGCAUGAAAGCAUUAUCUAUCCUAGGUGUAUUUCCUUAGAUUGACACCAUGUGCAAACUAGUACGUUCUGUUUCCCCUUUUGUUUACAACACGGUGGUGUUCUACUCACUUUUCCGGGGCACAAGGCUUUUUGUUCAUACUUUGGCUGUGAUGUCACAGUUUGUUCAGUGAGGUAUGAUGUGCUGCUGGGAAUGGAUAUUUUUUUCCAGGUUAAAUUAUUGAAGCAACAGGAUUUUCAAGUUACUCAGAAAUAUCCCUCAUUUCAUUAUUUUUCAUUUAUGUUUGAAAAUAGGAUUUGCACUGCUUUAUUUUAGAUGGUUGGAAGUUUUGGUCACAUAUUUUGAUAUAGUUCAUAGUUGGAAAUAGUUGUGUAAACGGCUUUCAAUAAGCCUGAAAGUCAUUUCAAGAAUGUUCCAGUUAUAGGAGUAAAAUUUGCACACAAAAGAUUUUAGGCACUUUUUAACAUUCUCACUGGUGGGAAUUUUAACUUUUAGGAUUUGUUGGAAUCUUUUUAUUAUCCUUCACAAUUUCAAUGCUUCUUUUAGUCAGAAAUGAUUCAGGGUUAUUUGAGAGAAAAAAAAAACCCAUAGUGCCUUGAUUUUGAUUCAGGUGAUAACUCACCAUCUUGAGCUCAUUGUCUGGUUUCAGUAGCAGUUUUGAAACCUUAGUACAUUUUUAACAGCAUGUGGGUGUCAGUGCCAUUAUGAUUCUCCUAAGUUCCCAGGAAGACUGCUUUUAGUCUCUUGGACUAGAGGUACAAGUAACUUAGGGAAAAAUAGGUGACAUCCUAACACUAUCAGAGUCAUUGAUGUGAUCACAAAAUUGUUUUCCUAAAUCAACAUCUUCCUUUCAAGCUAAACAGUCAGUUAAGAAUUACCUGUAAAUAUUUUCUCAAUAUGAUCUUGAUAUUCCUACAAAGAAAAAAGAAAGGGUAGGAAUUGGCUUUGCCUUCACUAUAACACUAGAAUAUUGUAACUCACAUGCUUUCUGAACAUGAACUAAAAUUUAAUUUGGCAAUAUUAGAUUCUAAAGGUAAUAAAUUCCAACAGAAAUUACAUAAAACAUUUUAUAGAUUUUUAUGGUACUAAUUAAAUUUACAACUAUAGAGCAAAGGAAAAUUAAUGGAAAUACCUUAUUAGAAUAUCAAAAAUUAUUACUGAGGAAAGGGAGGAUAGCAAGCUGUAAUAUAUCAAAAUUGACCUUAAAAGAAAAUGUAUAACAAACUGUUAAACAGAAGAAGGUUUUGAGCAAUGAAAACAGCCUACUACAGAAUUGCUCUUAAGCUCAGUUCUUAAGACUUUUCUGUCCUCCACUUUGCUCUCAUCCCGAACGGAUAAUACUUUGUCUUUCUAUAGACAACUAUACUUGGCCACACUUAAAUUAGAAAGUUAUAUUGAAAAAGAAAAUAACCAAAGAAAGUUGGUACCUACCCUUCUACAAAAGAAGUGUCACUAGAUACCAAUCAAUAAUUAACAUAUCAAGAAGCUCCUCUUCUAGCUAAAUGAUCUGGAUGAAGAGAUUUCUGACUUUGUCAUGAAUGUCAAGAAUAGUUGUCAGUGUGUGUGUGUAACUUGAGCAUAGGUACACAUAGACGAGCUUGAUGCUGUAGAAUAUGGCAACAGUAUUAAUUUUCUCCCCUUUCAAAUUGCCUUUCUCAACCUUAUGCCAUUCCAUAUAUAUCUGAGUUGUGCCUCAUUUGUUUACUGGCAAUAUCUAGUGGUAUGGGUAGCAAAAGAUACGAAGAACUGUUAUAUUAAGAUUUAUCCUCUAAAUAACCAUACUUACACGGAAAGAUGGUCAACUGUGAGUACUGUGUACUUAGGUUAACAAAGGCAAAGCAUAAGACAAGCCACAAGGUAAAUCUGUAAACUAUUCACAUUCUCCUCUACCAGUUCCUUCAAGUAUUUUCCAUCCUUGUCAAUAUUUGGGAAGGAGAAUUAGAUAAAAUGUUUUAGAAUUCCUUUUGUUCCUCACAGCUCAUUUUUGCCCUUAGAAUGGAUUGCCUAAUUUAAAGGAACAGCCAGCUGCUUUCCCUCUGCUGUCAGUAGGUGUUGUCGAAGAGCUAGUGAGCAUCAGCCACCUUAGCUCCUUCUGUUUUCCUCGUGCUUUCCUUGAACUUGGGUUGCACAGCUGUCCCUUCCCUUCCCUUCCCCUGCCCGCCCCCCCAUCGAGACUUGAGCGUUCUGAUGAAGAUUCGGCAGUCGCCUGUUCUUCAUUUCUGUAGCCAAAGUUGUUCCUUAAAAUCCCAAAUCUGCGUAAUGAAAAAAUACCAAAUAGAGACACCUUUCAGCU